AUGGCGCACCUUCAGAACGUAUUGAUUUACUUUGCCGUGUGUGUCCUAGCCGUGACUCUGGCUCAAACAGCUCAAGGAGGACCACAUACUUCCCAAGGAGGCCCUCAUCAGAACCAGGGCCGAUCCCGAAGACAAGCAGAAGCCGGUACCUUCGACAUCACUCAAUCACUAGCUAACUGGACCACUUGUGACUACCUCGUCGACCCGAGGAUAUCGUGCCAUGAUUGCCACACCAGAUUGAUCUGCAAGCCAAUCGGAGGCCUUCUGAAAAACUGUGGUGACCCUAGCAGACCUCACUGCAACAAUGGAAUCUGUUCUGCAGUACCAAGCGUCCAAUGCGCCUAA